AUGUUAUGUUCUUAUAUCGUGCUCUUUUUCUUUAUCCAACGCAGGUUUUGUGCAUCUGACUUGAUUGCUCCGCAGAAUAACGAACAAUCAAGAUCUUCUUUGUCAGACUCUGUGCAAAAAAAGACCGAUGAAGAGUAUGCAAUUUUCGACGAGGAGAAGACAAGUAAGGAAAGUAGUUCCAUUUAUAAUAGGGGGCAACUAGGAUUUAAUGAACGUAAGCGAGAUGAAAAGAGAUACGGCAACCAAGAUACAGCACAGAAAGGGCAUGACAAAGGAAGGCAUAGUUUAGGAGAAUUCGAAGUCGUCGAUCACGAGAAGAAUUCUUUUGAAUGGCAUGGUAGUGGAUAUUACAAAAAAGGGCAUCACAGGACCGGUUUCAGCAACAACUACCAUAAGGACGAGUCAGGAAAUAAUUCAAGCUUUUACGAGGACAGGGAUGACGAAGGGGGGCAUAGGUCGUCCGGGAAUACCGGUGGAUAUUAUGGGCAAAAAUCGCAGAACUCGUUUAGGGACGGUUCGCGCGAUGUAUCUUACCUUGAAAAAGAUAAGGCACAACAGGGAAUAUAUGACAAUAGGAAAAAUAUUAACGAUUAUCAUGGUCAUAUCCAAGGAUAUAACAACGAUCGAUAUAUAGAUGAUAGAAGGAAUUAUCUGAGGAACGAAGCACGACAUUAUUUUGAUAAAAAUAAGGAAGAUAUAUACAAUCAUAAAGAAAGGCAUUGUCCAAUUACUUAUCGUAAUAACGAUCGUGUGCCCUCGCUCGGAUAUUCGCAUCAUUACGUGGAUACAUUACUUGGAGGAUAUUACAGAGAAAAUCCGUACAUUAUACCUUAUUUAAAAGAUUAUAGAUAUUUUCCACAUCGACAAAGAGAUUACCAACAAGAAAUAUAUCACCCUUAUACAAGUGUUUACACUAAAAACAAUCGAGGCGAUUUUGAUGAUAACGAAUACUUAAAGAAAUAUAGGAAUGAUUUUAAUAAUGCAUAUCACGGAAUUUAGAACUUGAUUUUGCAACGUAAAGUAUAGAUGCAAUACUAGAUAGUACACCAGAAGGUCUACCACCAUCAUGAAUAAAGGAUACGACAAGGCUUCUGCAACUUUAUUAAAUUCAUUAUAAAAACGGUACUUUAACUUUGAUAAUUUUAUAGCCAUUUUAAUUUUUGUAUGAAAAUGUCCUUUCUGCGAAGUCGUCUGCUACUUACGUGUGAUGUUUGGUUGCAUAUUUACGGUGUUAUCGUAGAGAGUAAAAUGCAGCAUAGUUAAAUAUACAUUAAAAGCAUU